AUGGUUUGGGUUGACAACACGACCCCCGAGGUCGAUGCCAUCUCGCAAUGGCGGAUGAUUGUUGCUAUCUGCAGCGUCCUCUCGGCUUUCUCUAUCAUCAUCGUGUGCUCUCGGUUAUGGAUCAGGCACAAGAACCACGGGUUGGCCGCUGACGACUGGAUGUCGAUAUUGUCCAUGAUCUUCGCCCUGCUUUACUCUCUCUUAUGCAUCGUCCAAACUAAAUUUGGUCUGGGGCUUCCUCUUCGCCUACGCCCGGAAGCCAGCUUGGUCUCGUACACCCGCACCAACUUUGCCGGCCGACCCAUCUACCAAGUGGGCAUCAGUUUCUUCAAGGUUGCCCUCUUGAUCAGUUACCUGCGCCUGUUUAAAGGGACCAGCCAUGUGGUCUACCGCCGGGUGGUCUGGAUUACCAUGGCCCUCAUCUUUGCUGCGCACUUGGGGUGCGCGCUGAGCCUGAUUUUUGCCUGCAACCCGGUCAACAAGUCAUGGGACCCGGCAGUUGCCGGCACGUGCCUGGCUCCGGGCCCGUCUUUCACUGCGUACGCCAUCGUCACCAUUGUGUCCGACGUGCUAGUGGCUAUCAUUCCGAUCCCUGUGCUCCUCCAGCUCAAGGUCAACACCGGCAAGAAAGUCGGCCUCAUCGUCAUCUUCCUGCUUGGUCUUUUCACCACCCUCUGCUCCAUCUUCCGGUACACACAAAUUCAGCAAAUCCAAAGCGGCGAUGGCAACUCGACCAUGCUCAUUGUUUGGGGUGUUAUCGAGUUCAAUGUCGGAAACGUCGUCUCAUCCCUGCCCUUCCUGGCGCCUAUUUUUCUUCGCAAAGCUAAGCAGUAUCGGACUAAGUACGCCGGCGGCAGCGCGAACGCCUACGGCAGCGGCGGCCGCAAGAUGGGCAAAUCCAACGAGGCGUACAAACUCAGCAGCAUUCACUCCAGCCAGCACAAGGGGGGCGGCACCUUCGCCACUGCACAGGGACAGAGCACCGGCAGCGAGGAGAACAUCCUGAAAUCCAGCACCGAGCAAGCGCCCGAGAAUACCAUCAUGAAGUCGGUCACGUACAGCGUGCGGGUAGACUGA